AUGUCGAACACUAUCCUGUACAAUGUUACAACAUUGUAUCUAAUUGGGAAACCAGGAUCCGGUAAAACAUUAUUUGGAAAUCUAUAUUUGGGAAAUAAUUCUUCCUCUCCGGAAAAUACCAUACUUUAUGAAAAUGGUGAUCAAAUUGGAUAUAACAUCACAGGGAAUAGCAUCAAAUAUGUCAUUGAAACAAAUGGAUUUCGGAACCAUGGCGCAAAUACAAGUAUUCAAGCUUCAAAUAUUUUUUCAGCAAUAAAGAAUCAUCUAUAUGGUAUUACCGCAGUUGCACUUGUCAUUCCUAUGCACAAAAACAAGCUAAGUAAUUCUAAUAAGCAAGUUUUGCGACUUUUGUAUGAAUCUUUCAAAACAGAUGAAAUAUUUUAUAAAAUGGGUCUCAUAUUUACAUACCAUGCUCCAAAGGAAGAUGAUAGAUAUCGUCAAUCAGACUACUUUAAGAAUGAAGUUGAAGAUUAUUUGACAAGUCUUACAGGAAGAUCGAGAUCACAUAAUAUUAAGGUAUUCUUUGUUGAUAAUGUUGCAUAUAAUCGUUUAGAUGUCCAAUAUGAGAUUCCUCAAAUUCGAAAUUGGGUUUCCGAGCGUUCCUCUUACAAUCUUCCAGAUUCUCUUAAAUCGGACGCAAUUGUUGGUCAUUGGCAAGUUGAAGGAGAGUUUGAUGUUUACAAUAACACAUUUGAGGAAAAAAUUGAUGAUGAUAAUUCCAUUUUUUACUCGAAUUUUAUAAACAAAACCCGCAACAUUUGGAUGUCUUUAAAUAGGACAUAUACAAUACAAUUUGAUUGGGAAAUUGCUAAUGUUUCACAGAAAUGGAAUUAUUCCACUACAAUUGAAUACAUGACAGAUAAAGAUAUUGAUAGAUCUCGCUAUAAAGUUGAAUAUUAUAACCUUAUAAAAUCCAGAGUGAAAACAACAUAUUCAGACGGAAGUAUAACAUAUUCUAAAUGGGAAGUAAUAAAUAAGAAACUACAUCACGUCAGACAUAGAUGUAAAACUGAGAGAGAGGUCAAGCGAAUAGGUAAACAAUUUGGAAAGAUAUUUGGAAUCAAAUGA